UUGCUUCCGGGGCAGCGUCACUGAUAGUUUUGCGUCAGGUUUCUAGUUAGAGGCUAUAUGUCAACAGCUAAAACCAGGUGUUUUGAACAUUAGUGUUAUUUAGCAAAACAGUCCGAGGAAUAUAGUCCUUGUGAUAGUAGUAGCUUUCAUCACCUUUCCAGAGAGCCUGCACUCAUGUCGGACAGGAACCACGGUGUGGAGUGGGUUGAGACAACUGAGGAGGUCGUUAUAACAGAGUUUCUGACCCCUGAAAACAACAACAUUGCAGUGAUUCCGGUUUUAGAGCCAGCAGAAUCAGCGAUCCAGAAAUUAUUGGGCACUGCGGGGCAGGGAGAGGAUGGCUUCUAUUGUGAGGAGUGUCUGACUCUCUUCCAAAAUCAGAGUGACCCUGCAAACAUUAAUGGCCCAGCUUUUAUUCUUGACUUUCCAACAAGCAUGGGUGUCUCCCAGAGAGCCCUGCUCACUCUUCCUUAUGGCCUGAUGAUAGGCAGAUCUAGCAUUCCUUGUGCAGGUGUUGGAGUCAUAAAUCACGGAGCAGUAGUGUUUCCAGGAAUGCAUUUUGGGCCAUAUGAGGGGGAAGUGACAACAAGUGAAAAUGCUAUGGCAAGUGACUUCUCAUGGGAGAUUUAUAAAGAAAAAGAUGAGUAUGAGUACAUUGAUGCUGCCAGAGAAUCGCACUCGAAUUGGCUGAGGUACGUCAACUUUGCUCGUAAUAGAGAGGAGGCAAAUUUGCUGGCAGUCCAGUACAAAGGUAGCAUCCUUUUUCACUGCUGUCGCCCCAUACACCCUGGAGAUGAGCUCUUGCUGUGGCCCAGCAGCAAGCUUCUCAGCCAUUUUAGUGAAGCUUGGAACCAGGUGUUUUUCAUGAAGCAGAAAACAGCAGAGACCAAUACAACUGCAACAUCUCAGAUCUUCCUGUGCCCCCACCACUGUCAGCUGUCCUUCACUACAGAGGCCUUCCUCCAGAGGCAUAUGGAGUAUGCCCACACACAGCCUACAAAGGACUGUACAACAGCUGCCACUGAAGAGGCUGAACCCAGAGAUCAUGCCUCCACCACUGACUCAGGUCACUCUGCAGCAUCCUUGGUGGUAUUAUCUGUUGAUCCUGUUAAGUCCAAAACAUGUGGUGAAUGUGGGAAGAUUUUUAAGCAAAUGCCUCACCUCAAGAGGCACAAACUUAGUGUCCACUCAAACAGGCGGCCCUACUGCUGCCUGCAGUGCCGGCGAACUUUUAGCCAGGCAUCUGGCUUAAUCAGACACCAGCUAAUUCACAGAAAGCAGGCUGUGACCAAAGUUUCUAAUCAGAACAGAGUCCUCGGUGAAAAGAAAGAGAACUUGACACAGUUGUCAGAACUUUGUAAUACUGCAGAUCCAGCUGUAACUGAGAAUCCACAAGAACCAAUGGAUGUAACUGAAACUGAGUGUACUUCUGCAGGAGAAGCAGAAACAUCCCAAUUCAACUGUUCAGGCUGCAGUAAGAGCUUCACAAAUGAAGCCUCCCUCAAAAAGCAUAAGGUGAGGGUCCAUGAGAGGCUACGUCCAUAUGUCUGCACUGUGUGCCAGAAGUGCUUUGGCCAGUACAAUGACCUGACCAGACAUCUGCGGUGUCACCAGAAAGAAGAUAAACGAAAAGAAAAAAUAAAUCUUCCUGAGGACCCAGACAUCAUGCCCUUUAGCUGUGCUGAGUGUUCACUGACUUUUUCUUCUGUGGACACCCUUCAGCAGCACAUCACUGAGCAUCACACAGAGGACACUGUACCUUCUGAUGAUGAUGAUGAUCAGAGCCAUGAUCCCACCUUUAUUCCACAGCGUUCAGUGACCAAAACAGAUGAAACUGUCGAAGAACUUCCUUCUCAGAGGCCUCAGCGACUUGGCGCUAGAUCUAAAAUUUCUGCCAUAACAAAGCUAAUAGCUCCAAAACGACGGGCAGACAUCUGCAAGAAGCCAUUAACCAGCCCUGAUCAGACACAGCCGAGCUGUACUGAACCAGAGACACCCGCUGUCAGAAAUGGGAAGUUAACCAAGUACAAAUGGUUUAGCUGUAAUCGCUGUAAACGAACAUAUGGAAACCCAAAUGAUCUCAAAGCACACAAGUGUGCUUUGAGACAGCACAAGUGUGGUCAGUGUGCGGCAACUUUUAAUAAGUCUGCAUUCCUGAAAAGACAUGAGCAGAUGGUACACAUAAAUGCUAAAUCUUACAGCUGUGACCGCUGUGAUAAAGCCUUCACUACAUCUGGUAAACUCAAACAGCAUCAGAAGAGCAACGUUUGUAUGAAGUAUCACUGCACAUCUGAGCUUUUUCCAUGCACACACUGUCAGUUCUCCUUCACUAUGAAGAGCUACCUGAAUAAACACAUCAAGAGGCACCACCCUGUGGAGUAUCUGUCUCUCUGUGAUUCAGACUGCCUAAUAGAUCAGCCGGAGGAAGAGGAGGGGGAAAAGAAGUAUACGUGUCCUAACUGUGGGAAGAGCUGUGCAAGUGCCAAAUCAUUCAAAUCUCACUCAUGCUUCCAGCAGGUGAAGGUUCUGUACUUGUGCACAGACUGUGGGAAAGGCUUCACAAACCACUAUGGUCUCAAGCAGCAUCAGCGCGUUCACACAGGUGAGAAGCCAUACAGUUGCCCUCACUGCGCCAAAAGCUUCUCGUACACUGGCCAGCUCAACGUGCAUCUCAGGACUCAUACCGGAGAGAAGCCGUAUCUGUGCACCCACUGCGGGGAGAGCUUCCGGCAGUCGGGAGACCUGAAGAGACAUGAGAUGAAGCACACGGGGGUGAGGCCCUAUAGUUGCCCUGAAUGUUGUAAAAGCUUCAGUCGCCCGCAGAGUCUCAAAGCUCAUCAAAUGCUUCACCUGGGACAGAGAAUGUUCAAAUGUGCUCAGUGCGGAAAGAGCUUUUCAAGAAACUAUCACCUCAGAAGACACCAUCAGAAGAUGCACCUGUAAUGAGAUCCAGAAGAAGAGCUCAAAUGGUCUAAACUGAAUUGCACUAGAUACUUUAUAACUGCUCUUAAAGAGUUGCAGACAUUUUGAAUGUCUUGUACAUAACGUUAUUUAAACGUAUACUUAAGUUUCUCAAAUCUGAAAAUUUUGAUUUUUCUGUUUAAAGUGUUUUUUCUCUUAAUUAUUUGAAAGAGGUAAAACUUGAAUACAUUUACACUGAAACAUUUAAUGGGUUUUUUGCAUAUCAAAAAUGUGAAGAUGCCACACUCAUAAACAACAGCUUAUUAUUUCUCACUGUCAACUUGUUUUGAAAUAAAAACAACCAACUUGUCCA